GUUAGCACGACCUGCUAUGUGUUAUUACAUUAGAGGUAACUUUGCCCUUCCCGCAGGUUGCCGUAUCCAGCAGCCACCACCAGGGAAAUUCACGUCUUUUCACCAGCAGAAGGAGUUGCGAGCCCUUUGCCACAAGCAUAACUUACAUGACCAUGCAGCCGCCGCCCUGCAGCACCCCGCCGUGACCUCGUUGGCCGCUCGUCUGGGCAGGACGCCUGCACAGGUCCUCCUGCGACACCUAGUCCAGCGGGGCGUCGUCGUCGUGCCCAAGUCCUCGAACCCGGAGCGCCUCAGGCAGAACCUCCGGAUAUUCGACUUCAAACUGAGUGACGAAGACAUGCGAGAACUGGACGGCUUAGACCGAGGGAGAGACGGGAAAAUCUUCAUCUUUAAAAACGUUUAUUUAGGGAUUGAGAACCAUCCAGAAUUCCCAUUCCAUAUUCCAUUCUAGAAACUGGAGGCCCAGACUGGUAGCUUCAAAUUCCACUUCAAACUUGGAGGGACUUAUUUUAAAUGAUGUUAAGUUCGUGGUGCAUGCUUAUUUUGUCCAUUAUUUUUGCUUUACAUUUUUCCAUCUUGUUUUCUUAAUGGAAGUCUCAUGUUCUUGAGAUAAAUUAUCUUUUCCUUUUU